AUGUCCGAAAACGCCCCCACACGAAGCUUGGAUGACAUAGACCUCGCAGCUUUGAGGGUAAGUGGCUACUGUACAUCUAGUUAGCUCAAAGCUGCAGCCAGUUGUCAUUAUGCGCGUGCCAACGCUUCACUGAUUAUACCAUUUUGGAAACUUGCAACGACUAGAGCUGUCAGUUUGAGGUGCUUGCUUUAGCUAACUAGCUACCUAACGUUAUAUUUGUUAAAUGGCCAGUUGUGGGUUACGCACAUAGAAUUUUAGAGCUUUGGCUGAAUAUAUUCAUAUUAGCAAGCAGUAUUAGUAUUUGCAGAUGAUUAUCAGCUGUAACGUUAAAUGUUUAUUUUAGGGAGAGAGGGUGGCAAGAUUUGAGUCUAUCGGGUGUCACUACUGACUACACUAUCUUGCUCUUUUUCCAUAUCACCUUAGUCAAUCUAAAUCCUAUGCCAUUUUUGUAAGUGCGUGGACGAGGAGGAUGAAGGCCUGAUCCGUUUGAUCGCUGGCUUUUAAAACAGGCCUGUAUCUACAACGUUGCAUUUAUCCUUUUAAAACUAGCCCACAUUGAUCUACGUCUAGUCUACCUAUCAAACAGUUGCACUGUAUCUUAUGUAAUUGUUACCCGUAUCUUAUCAUACAACUUCAUAGACAACAACAAGACAGGCGUUGACUAACUUAUUUGCCACAGUGUGUUGUACUACAAUAUUUCCUUGUAGCCUUUUCAGAAGUAAUAACGUCAUCUCAAAAAUAUUUCUACCAAGAGUUAUCAAAACAUGAUUGAAAUAGAUUUGGGGGAUUUCAAUUGAGUUUUUGACUGCACUCUCUCUGACAUGCACACAAUGGUGUAUUGUAAAACUCCUGUUUUGCAUGUUCCAAAACAUCAAAAUUAGAAGUUGAACAUAAAUAAUUAACAAACCCAGACCUGGGAGCUCACACUCCAGGACCAUAGACAUUCAAGUUAUCUAUUUGUAAUGUGGACCCUCAUGGAGGUUGGCCGUUCUGAUAACAUGAUCCAGUGUCAGUAUAUCAUCAAACAAAGACUAGGAGCAUGUAACAACAGAGUAGAUAACAACAGAGUAGAGGCAGUUUAGUUUGAGAAAGGGAGAUUUAAUAUCUACCGGUAUAUCUCUCACCUACACACUCUCUAGCGAUUUCAGUACAGUGAGUUACAGGCCAGACCUCUCCAGGCAAUGCUGUUUAAUUUUCCAUUCUGAGAGAAGGGGGAUGAGAGGGAGAGUGAGCUCUAAGAGGGAUGAUUCACUUGAGCUCAUUGUUUGAUGGCUGUCCUAUAUAACACCCACUCUGCCUGCUACACAUAAACACACACAUACACACAUUCACAUAGCCUACAAGUACAAUCUAGGCUAGUACUAGUGCAUUGCUAUGAUUUCUCUUUCUAUGGAAGACUCAAGUUAGCUAGUAGAAUAGGCUUUGUGUAAUGGAUUUUUUUUGGAAGCCUUGGAUUCUUUGAGUUCCCACAUCAAAAAAUGUCAGGUGGUAGGACAGGUGUCAACACACAUUGAAUCAACGCUUACCUUCAACUUACCCUUACAGACGGUUUAUGUUUUUCUCGAUUUGACAUUUUCAAUGGUUUCCCCCCACCUUCAUCUCUUUCUUUCUUCCCUCUCUCUGCGUUGGACGUGGGCGACCAUCUCUCUCCUCCCUCUGGAUAAUUGCAUUAGCCUCCUCUAUGCCAUCAUUCGCUCUUCCCCCCUCACCCCUAUCAUCUCAUUCUUUCCCUCUAUUUUGUACACUUGUACUCCAGUGCUUUUACUCCAACCCCUUUGUCAGUUUGAUCCUGCUUCUCCUACUCUUAGUGCUCCUCUUACACACAGCAUGGAUACACUAAUUUGAUGAUUUGUCAUUCCCAUUAUGUUUAUUUCCUAUUUUCCUCUCAACCCCCUUAGCCAUAAUGCUCACAUCUAUCUAUGCCUCAUUUUCUAGUACACCUCUCUCCUCUCCUUAUAUGCGUUCUCUCUGUUAAAGACAAACACUUGAAAAAGUCAGGAGACAGACCCAUUAUUGGAACCAGAUGAAAGCAGGAUGGUCACGCUGUACAUUUCCAACCCAAAGCAGCAGCAGCCCCAACGCCCACAGAUCCUACACAGGCCAUAUUGAAUCACACUGUGAAAGUGGAACUGGAUGUCUUUUUGCCCUCUCCAGGGAAAAAAGCGAUGACUGAUUUUAAUAUUUCACUAGAAGUAGCCAUUAUUAACAUCACCUUUGGUUUUUAUCUUAUGGUGGGGAAAAAUAGAAACGUUCUUGCCAAUUUCCUAUAACGCAACUGGAUGAUGUCUAGAGCUUCUAUGUGUCUCAAAACAUCUCCAUAGCGCUCUGGCCUCCUUGCUUGUGUGGUCUAGGCCUUAUAUGUUUGCCAGUCUAUUCAAAUGUACCAUGUCUGUCUCUGCAUCUUGUCUCCCAGUCCAUCUGGCCUGGUGGUCUGGUCUCUGGUUUCUCUCUGGCAGACUAUCUUUAUGAAUCUGUCUCACUUUCUUCCAGGACCCAGCAGGGAUCUUUGAGCUGGUAGAGGUGGUGGGAAAUGGGACCUAUGGACAGGUGUACAAGGUAAGACGAGACAUAUGGAUGGGGUUUGGGUCAGUGACCCAGCGUAGGAGGUGAGAGACACUGAGGGGAUGAGUAAGAUGAACCACUGAGCUGGUUGAAGCUCAGAUUGAGGCUGUCUGAGUGUCUCCCCUGAGUGUCUCAAACUCCAGCUGUGGUAGUAAAUCUGAGAUUAGGCCAGAUUAGUGCAGCUGUGCUGGACCACGCUGAGGCUGUCAGUCUGAGGAGCCCGGUAGACGGGUAGUGGUAAAGAGAUAAUAUGGAGAUAACUAAAAAGUAGAGUGGAGAGAAGAAGAGUAAAUGACGUGGUGUAACAUACAGCAUAAUCACUCUCAAAACUGAUUAAACCUGGGCGGAGUUCCUUGAACUAUUAGAGAUUUUUGGCUCAAAGUUAGGAUUUUUUUUUUUUUUUGCGCUGACAUCUGUUGUACUUACUUCCGUUUCUCGUUUUGAUUGACCAGUUAAGAUGAUCAAGUCUGCUCUGCCUUUAAUCAGGGGCGUCACGUGAAGACAGGCCAGUUGGCUGCAAUAAAGGUGAUGGAUGUGACUGAGGAGGAAGAGGAAGAGAUCAAGGCUGAGAUCAACAUGCUGAAAAAGUACAGCCAUCACCGCAAUAUCGCCACCUACUAUGGAGCCUUCGUCAAGAAGAGCCCGCCUGGACAUGAUGACCAGCUCUGGGUCAGUCUGAUGGCUUCUGUCCCUGUCUGGUGGUAUAAUCUGAGGGAGAGCUUCAUCAUUUAUAGGGCUCUCUCUGAUAUCCAUGAACCCCAUAAUGCACAGAAACAAGAUUAGGGUUUCUGCAUGCAGCAUUUAUUAUUUAUUACAGACACACUGAACAUUGUAUUUAUGUGUGCUAAGUUCCUUCCUGUCUGUGUAUAGCUGGUGAUGGAGUUCUGUGGGGCGGGCUCAGUGACAGACCUGGUGAAGAACACCAAGGGCAACUCUCUGAAGGAGGACUGGAUCGCUUACAUCUGCAGAGAGAUCCUCAGGGUGAGGAACCACAGUGCACCCACUAUAGAACCAUUACACAACAGUCUGAAUCUUUAGGCCAAGCACCCUGCAUUGGAAAAGUGCCAUUACAGACGUCCUCCAGAGGGCCCCGAACCCCUGACUGAACUCUGACCCCUCUCUGAUACCCAGGGCCUCUCGCACCUCCACCAACACAAGGUCAUCCACAGAGACAUCAAGGGCCAGAACGUGCUGCUGACAGAGAAUGCAGAGGUGAAACUUGGUGAGAUGAUUGAUUCUAAACUGUUAAUGUGUUUGCUCUGCUGCUGCUUGUGUUUACAUGUAUUUAUGUACAGUGUGUGGACUUGUUGUGAUCAAACAUUUGUAUGUUUUCCGUACCAGUGUUCCGACCAGAAAAAAUACAAAAACAAAAUAAAUUUCCAAAAUUGGUUCAAACCAAGAGAAAGUAACUGUUCAUAUAGUUAAUUUUUGUUCUUUUUUUUAACCUGUGAAAACAAAAUAGUUUUGAGAAAAUAGCUCAUCAAUUUACUUGAACGCGUACGCUAGUUGUUUACACGAUUAAUUGGUCAGAAAAGUGCAGGCGUGAGAUGCGUCUGACAUUUCACUGGUGGAAAGAGCUGGAUGGACAUGGAGGGGGCUUGGCUUGAAGUGCUGAACAUCAUGAUGUGAACUGGAAUGUGUUUAGGCUAUUACUAGCAUUAUAAGUACACCAAAUUACAGAAUUGUAUACUAGACAGGAAUAUUUUUGUAACAAAAAAAUUACAUUAUUAAUCGGUUCUUAAGAUUUUAAAAUAACUGUUCUGUUCCGGAACACUAGAGAUCUCUUUCGUUCUCGGUUCUGUUUCCAUUCCUCAAACAUUAUUUUUUCUUUUUCGGUCUUUGGUUCUGUUCCCUGAACUGGUUGUGAUGAAUAUGUAAUCCUGCUCUUUGUGGCCAUAUGUAAUCCUCCAGUCUGUGUGUUUUAUAGCAGCUUCCCUCAGUCUGAAUAAAGUACUCAAUUGUCUCACCAUCAGGCACACUACAUAUUUGUAUUAUGGUUUUAUCUACAACUUAACUUAAUGAAGACUUGAAACGGUAGUCAAAAAAUAAUACUGUAGCCAGUAAUACGGUGUCUCUGUCCUCCACUGUGUGCAGUGGACUUUGGGGUGAGUGCUCAACUGGACAGGACCGUGGGGCGCAGGAACACCUUCAUCGGCACGCCUUAUUGGAUGGCCCCUGAGGUCAUCGCCUGUGAUGAGAACCCCGACUCCACCUAUGACUACAGGGUAAUGACCCCUUUCCAUCCUAACGUGUCUGUCUGUGUGUGAGAGUGGGUACUAAAUCUCGUGUGUCUCCACAGAGUGAUAUCUGGUCCCUGGGGAUCACAGCCAUAGAGACAGCAGAGGGAGCUCCUCGUAAGUACCGUUCAGUGCACCUACCCACACACAUCUAUCUCCACUUUAUUACCCUAUUCAUCCACACACAGCCACACAAACACACACACACACACACAGCCACACAAACAACAGAUAUGUAUCUCCUAAACUCUCAAAAGCACAUUCUGCAUGACAUAAGCCUGCAGUGGAGAGAUUGAAUAAUCUCCCACAUUAUGAAACUCCUGUCUCGUCACUGGCUCAUAAAUCAAGCCAUGUGUUUGAGAUGGCUCAUUCACCACUGUGCUGCUCAUGUAAGAUACGAGGUGAGGGGGCUAUUGAUCUGUGGUGCUAGAGAGCCUUCUCUAUAUCAAACCGCAUAGCACAGCAGAAGCACAUAUCACUGCACACUGCUCCCACCGUAGGCAGCUUUGAAGUGGGAUGCCUGCCUGUAGAAGGAGUCUCUCUCUCUGGCGCGCCUGCUGUUGCUGUACCCACCCAGUAUGCAUGACACAGCCCAUCCAGACAGGCUGACAGUCAAGGGCUGUUGUUGUCGCAGGCCUGUUGUCAAUGAUGUGCCGUCAUGAAUUAUGCAACAUGGACUUACUCACAUUCUCACUAACACUGUGAGUUUCUACUGGUGACUGGGAUGCUACUGGCUAAUUGUUAGCUAGCAUUGCUGUUUUUUUCAAAACCUGACAAAACCACCCUGUGGUCUGACAUGAGCAGACUGAUUUCACUCGUGAACAAACCGACAUCCAUUCUGUUGUGAUGACUAGAUGUGCAAAACCAGUGAAAUGUGCACGUCUGUACAUGUAUCACAUAAAAAGUUCCCACAGAUGCACAAACUGUUUUUAUACAGCACAAACAUUGUCGAGAAUGACAUACUGGUCAUGUAAUCGUCAUGUAGUCAAUGAAAGUACUGAAAUGAAACCCACUGCAUGCCUUGGGCAGUAUCAGAAGUAACGUCAGUGUAUUCGUCCUAACAAAGGGCAUUUUAUUGUUGAGCUUAUAACCUAACCAGACAGGUUAAGCUAGCUAUGCUGGGAAGACUAUAAGUAACAGUGUUGCUCAAACAAGACAAUGGAGCAAUAGGUGUGAGGCAACAAAGAAAGGAUAAAGAUCGGGUUUAUCAAGACCACAUUAUAUUGAUUGGGAAUACCUGGGAUACUAGUGUCACAAUUUAUAUCCAUAAGGAUUAUGUGAUCAUUACAUGUUUAUACUGUAUAGUAGUAUACUAGCGGUAUUUAAAUGCUCUUUUGAUUUAAAUGCUUUGUACCAAUCCAUAAUUCUCUCUCUCUCUCUCUCUCCCCCCCAGCUCUGUGUGAUAUGCACCCUAUGAGAGCUCUGUUCCUCAUCCCGAGGAACCCCCCUCCCAAACUCAAGUCCAAGAAGUGGUGAGUGUGCGGUUUGGUUUCUGCUGUUGUUUUUCCUAAAACUUCAUUUUUAUUUUAGGACAUAUAGCUAUUUUCUUUUGGCUCCCAGUCCUCCGUCCCUCCCUUUGCAGUGAUAAGAUUAUUUCUUACCAUAGCCCUGCUGCGCUUUACUGAACUAUUUACAUCCAACACCAGCUGGCCAUGGUACAGUGGCAUGUCAGAAAUGUUAUCACUAAUACUAAUGUAGCCUGUUUUCUUUACUUGCACAAUUUUUUCCCUGACAAAGCAGGCAUGUAGUAAGGAAUUAUCAGACCUCAAACACAAGUCAGUCAUCCGAGAAUCACAUAUUUCAAUUACUCAUACAAAUUAUUCAAUGACUAAGACAAGAAUGUAUUGAAUGAAGUUGUUGCUCAAUGCACAUGUUUCAUUUGGUUGACCUAUAGUACAUACUUUAGUGAUGGCUAUUGGCCUCCAGACAAGUCAUGUGGGUAACUGUACUGCAAUUGAUACACCCAAGUACAUCCUAAUGAAAAUAGCAGUGAAAAAUCCACCGUAAGAGGCACUUUUGUACAUUUAAUGUAUGGACACUCAGACUGUCUUUCUGUCUCUAUUUCACUCUCCCACGCACACAGACCUUCCCUGUUCUUAUCCCUUCUUUCUGAACACUCAUCUUGGGGUAGUUUUCAUUCCCAAAUACAUGUGACCUUGAGGAGAUACCAGGCCUCCUAAAAUUCCCACCCACACCAGCUCUCCCAUCCAUCUCCACCAAAUACCUGUUACUCAACACCCCCCUCUUCCUCACCUGACUCUGACCCACCCACCCCCCCUCCUCCAGGUCUAAGAAGUUCAUAGACUUUAUAGAGGGCUGCCUGGUGAAGACGUACACCAGCCGGCCAACCACAGAGCAGCUCCUGAAGCACUCGUUCAUCCGGGACCAGCCCACGGAGCGCCAGGUCCGCAUCCAGCUCAAAGACCACAUCGACCGCACACGCAAGAAGAGGGGAGAGAAGGGUGAGAGAGGGAAGGGCUGGCCUGAACCUGACUGAGGCCUCUGUUGGUUUGUGUUGGGCAUGCGAUAUUGUGUUUUGCAGAUGUCUGUGUGCGUAAUGGUUGAUGGAGGGGUGAGGUUGACUGUGAGGAUGGGGUGUGUUAUGGUCAUUAUAAGUACAUACAGAUAACUGCCAAAAUAAAGGAAGCGCCAAAAUAGUGUCUUAAUAGGGCAUGGGCCACAACGAGCCACCAGAACAGCAUCAAUGUGCCUUGGCAUAGAUUCUACAAGUGUCUGGAAUUCUAUUGGAGGGAUUUGAGGCAAUUCUUCCCCAAGAAAUUCCAUAAUUUGGUGUUUUGUUGAUAGUAGUGGAAAACGCUGGCUCAGGCGCCGCUCCAGAAUCUUCUAUAAGUGUUCAUUUGGGUUGAGAUCUGGUGACUGAGACACACCCUUUAAACCCCCUAUGCUCCUUUAAGACCCCUUUUUCAAAGUCACUGAGAUCUCUUCUAGCCAUGGUAACCAAAAUAAUGGGCAACUGGGCAUUUUUAUACAGAACUAAUCAUGAUGGGAUAUUAAUUGCUUAAUUAACUCAGGAACCACACCUGUGUGGAAGCACCUGCUUUCAAUAUACUUUGUAUCCCUCAUUUACUCACGCGUUUCCUUUAUUUUGGCAGUUACCUGUAUUUUUUCAGGACUAUAGGAUAGGCUUUUUCAUUUCUGUUCAUUCUUUCCCCCUCACUCCAUAUGUUUCAGAGGAGACGGAGUAUGAGUACAGUGGCAGUGAUGAGGAGGAUGAGAACCGUGGGGAAGACAGGGAGUCCAGGUAACACAACACUACCCAUAUAACAUUACUACCCCAGUAAUAUAAGACUAUAGUGUCCUGAGAUGAAUGACACAAUCUCCUGCUUCUCUACUAUGAUCUCUCCAUCACUUCAUCCUACUAUAUUUCUCCAUAUCUACAUCUUCCUUUCCAACCCUUCCUCUCUCCUCCAGUACCUCCAUCCUGAACGUCCCGGGUGAGUCGACGUUGAGGCGGGACUUCCUGCGUCUGCAGCAGGAGAACAAGGAGCGGUCGGAGGCUCUGAAGAGACAGCAGGCCCAGCUGGCUGCCCAGCGCCGAGACCCAGAGGAACAUAAGAGACAGCUGCUGCACGACCGACAGAAACGCAUCGAGGAACAGAAAGAACAGCGCCGCCACCUGGAAGAGGUAAUACACACACACACACACACACACACACACACACACACACACACACUGACAAACAGACAACCUUAUCAACUGUGGCUUGUGUCCUUUAGCUUGCUUAAGCAAACCUCGAUUUUACCCUUUGAGGUAAACACUUGUGACCAACAUGGUUCAGCUGACUUGAUCGCACCUUACAGAGAAGGAAUCAUCACAAGCCUUUUAUCUAGCUAUUUAUGUCAAUCCGAGUCUUUCACAGUAGACCGAUUUACUGUGAUUGUACUAAGCUGUUAUGUACAUUGCCAUAACACAAUGUACACUGUUUUUGGAGAUGGCAUAAUACAGCAGGAUAUGAAGCUUGCUAAUUUAGCUAGUUGGUCAUGCCAACGGUUUGAUAUCUAUAAUAAAAAUUGUAUUAAUGAAAAUGAGAAUUAUUAAUAAUUGUACAUAAUUAAAAUACUUCCACUGGAUUAAAAUCUCAAUUCAUGUUGGAUUACCUGCAUACAGUGUACAGUAGAUGGGAAUUUAUUAUCACAAGGUCAGGAAGCAACUUACCGUCAGGGAGAGAAAAAUAUAAAUGAUAGCUGAAUGUUCUCUGGAGAUUGUUAAUCAUUCAUUCUCAGCACAAAAGAGAAGACGAGCAUUUUAAAUGUGAAACGUGUCAUCAGCAAGUGAUAUCUUAAUUCAACAAAGAGGCAUCCUCUCUUCAGGGAGUUGUUUUAAUAGGGAGGCUGUAGUGUCUUUUCAGAAGACUGCUUAAAACUAUUCAGGGUGAUACCAAUUAAAAGAACAACUGGCCAAGUGUUUGAAUCAGGAAGCAGCGCGGUCUCAGAAGAGGAGCAGGGCUGCAGUGGCUGGCGGUAACAGUGGCUGGCAGUGACUCACGACUAACAUCUCGCUCUCUCUCGUUCUCUUUUGCUCGCGCUCUCCAUUUCCUCUCUCGGUGGAGGGGAAAAAAAACAAAAGGUUUAUGCAAGGUAUCCAUAUAACCACAACUAAUGUGCAAAAGUGGCCUGCACACUAAUUUCUCUCCCGCUCUCUCCUGUCAUCCCUCUCAGCAACAGAGAAAAGAGCGAGAGAUGGUGAGACAGCAAGAAAAGGGUCCCCAUCGGAGACUUGACGAUAUAAGGAGGGAGGAGGAUAGGAGGCUGGCCGAGAGGGAGCAGGUAACCAACCUCGAAGCACAGGAGCACAAUCAGCCAAUUGGGGAGAGGUGUGGGUGUAGCCUACACUGCAGCCUACUGCAAGCCAUUCUAGCUGUGGAAUGUCCGUGCGCUGGUUGCCAUGGCAGCCUGGAUCUAAAUUAGUGUAUUUUCAGUUUUCUGUUGGAGAGCUCAGUUUCUGCUGCUCUGUUUUCGCUCUACCUCUACCACACAGUGACUGGCAUUAUAUCACAGUCAACCUACGUUUUAUAAUCUACUCUCCUAGUCUUCUUUUCUCCAUCAACCUUUUAACUCUCCUACCAUUGCCCGUUUCUUCACGAUAACUAACCUGCAUCUAGUACUGAUUGAAGACGUGAUGCAAUUUAUAUGGAAUUGUGUUGUAGUCUUAACAGUAGAUAUUCAAUAGAAAAAAGCGAAUACCAUUUGCAGUAGCUUUUAGUGUGACUGUAGAACUUUAAAGCCAUGACAAAUCACUAGGGCUGUGUACUAACUAGUGUAUGACAGUCAUAAAUCCCCCCUACAUCGUGGUCUAUUUAUAUCUAUCCUCUUCUCCAUUGUCUUUCCUUUCCCUCUUCACCCCUCCUCCACCUCUCUUCAGGAGUUCAUAAGACAUAAGUUAGAGGAGGAACAGCGGCAGUUAGAAAUUCUUCAGCAGCAGCUGCUUCAGGAGCAGGCACUGCUCAUGGUAACUCUCUUCCUUCCUUUAUCCUGCAGUCACCUCUUCUCCUCAGACCUAGUCUACCCCUACCUCUUCCUGCAGUGCAUACUGCUUACCUUACCCUCCUCCUCCUUGCACUUCUCACCACUAGAGGCAUCAAAAACUCCAUGUACUGUAUGUCGCUUUUUACUUUAUGAAAACAUUUAUUGAGAGACCUGGAGAAUCAUUUGAGGGAACUCUGAGAACAAGGCCCUUGUCUAUGUAUACCCUGCAUGAUGUCCCCAUUUUUGUAUGUGUGAUUGUGUCUGUUUUGGGGGCAUGUCAAAGGGGUGUGUAUUGUGUACUAGCCCUGCUCAGUCCUAGAUAUGUCUGCUUUGACCGUAUCAUGGUGUGUGUGCAGGAGUACAAGCGUAAGCAGCUGGAGGAGCAGAGGCAGUCGGAGCGUCUGCAGAGGCAGCUGCAGCAGGAGCAUGCCUACCUGGUGUCCCUGCAGCAGCAGCAACAGGACAAGAAGCCCCAGCCCCUCUACCACUACAGCAAGAACCUGGAGCCCAACAACAAGCCUGCCUGGGCCCGAGAGGUACAAUAAUACCACACAGACAGGAACAGUGGAACAUGCUCUUACUUCACCUUAAAUAACCCUAGGGACCACACCUUUCAUUACAUAGUGUUUUAUAACCUAGAGUAAUAUAGAGUAAUACCAGUGGAAUACAUUUAGCAAUUUCCCUGUAACAAGCUAGCAUAUACAAGCAGUUAUGCUGUAUCACCUUAGGUGUCAUAUUUUUUCCUGAAGGUUAGUCUGAAUCGACAUCUGUGUGACGUGCUCUCUCCCUCCCUCUCCCUGUCUCCUGUCCCCCGUCUUUCCCUCUCUCUCUCUGUCUCAGGUGGAGGAGCGCAGUAAGCUCAACAGGCAGGGCUCACCCAAAAUCUGCACCACUGUCUCUGACACUGCCAUCCAAUCACGCUCUGACUCCAUCAGCCAAUCCGGAGGGGGCCAGGCUGCUCAGACCCCGCCUAUGCAGCGACCUGUUGAACCUCAGGGGGGGCAGGGCAAGGUGUGUUGGUGUUAAUCUGGGAAUGUAUUUGUGUGUACUUUAUUUGUAUGUUUUCCCUUGUUACAACAGUGCAGGCAUUUUGAUCAAAUACUGGUUUAGCACAGUGGAGACUGCGAUGUCUUCCUAGAGCUGCAUUACCCCCUGUGUAAUAAUGCGUCUUUGACCUUUAUUUAUUUCCGAUCUUCUUUUCCUUCCUUUUCUCCCCUCUCCUCCUGCACCCACCCUCUUCCCUUCUUAUUGAGUUCAUAUUGUUUUAUUGCCCUUAUUUCAUAAAAUGGCAAAAAUCCCUUUAUUCCCCAUCUUAAAAAUGCAUAAUCCUCCCUCCUGUCCCACUAUCCUGCCUGCUCUCACUGCCUUGCCCUGCCCUCUCCUCCACCUGCACACUCCCCUCCCUCCUUCUUCACCGCUGCCCCCCUCCAGUUCCAGAUGGCCCACUUGGUCCCGCUGAAGCCCUACGCUGCCCCUGUCCCCCGCUCCCAGUCCCUGUGUGACCAGCCCACUAAGACCAUGUCCGCCUUCCCCACCCAGGACCCCUCCCCUACCCCCACCCCCCGCCCCAUCCACUCCAGGGAGCUAGUCCGACAGAACUCCGACCCCACCUCCGAGAGCCCUGCCCCACAGCCUCGCACAAGGGAGGACCGCGGCCCCUGGAUCCGCCUGCCAGAGAUGGAGCAGCCGCCCAAGGUGAGAGACCACCUGCUGGGUUUUAGUCUUUAGAUGUUGACUAAAGACAGGGCUCCAGACUAACAUUUUCCCCUGGUGGCACUGGCAAGCCCACGAUUUGGUCACACCAAUUUUUUUCACAGCCUCACGUAAUAUAAUUUUAGCAUCUUAGAAAUUCACUCACAGUGCUUUAUUUUAAAAGUGUAAUAGACUAUCCGAGAUGUUAUUCAAGAAAUACGUUGUUUCAUCAUCUUUUCAUGUUGUGAUUCAAAAUAUUUUAAUGUGCAACCUAAUCCAGUGAUUGUCAUGCAUUUUGGGUUGACAAUUAAGCGAUUGUUAUAUUUUACUGUUAAAAUAGGGCUACAGAAUUAUAUAUAUUUUAAUUUAUUUGGGGCUAGUUCACCGCCUGAGUUAGUGGAAACUCAAAACACAUUAGCUAGAUCGCUAACUCUAAAUAUAAUACCCACUGCUAGUAACCAUGUAUUAAUCUAACAGUAAAUGUAAUGUCCCAAAAAACUUUGUAGCCUACCGCCCAAUAACGCCUGUGCAAUCGCAGUGGCCUAUGCACAUCUCGUGCGCUCCUUAUCUCAAAGCCAUAUCAAAUAUCUUGGUUGUAAAACAGUUGCUUUUGAGCACAAGGUUGAGAGUUGAGAAAUAUUAAUUAUACCUACAGAAAGCUGAGAACCACCUCUCUUCAACCUUGACAACCGGAUAGCUGUGUUUUCCCCACAAUUGGAUUUGAAAUCUUAUACAAUCAGAAAGAAGAUAAAUUCUCCCAGAGCAUUUUUUUCCCCCAGGAAGGAAAUGGCUCGCUCGACACAGCAGCAGGCCCCAGCGAAACAGUUACAGGGGCAGGCAGACACUUUCACUACAGGAAUCAUAAGGAUAAUGUACUUUACUGUUUGACCAAAUCAUGGUUUUAGUCUUCUAAAAAAAUAGGAGGUUUUGAGUGAGGUGACCAUGUAGAAUACAUUUUUUUACCCGCACAGCCAAGUCAAGGGGUCACAAAAUGCGACUAAAUGGUCGCAGUCUGGAGCUCUCUAAAGAGCACUCACUAACUGUAAGUGGCUCUGGAUAAGAGUGUCUAAAAAUGUAAAAAAAAAAAAAAAAAAAAAAUGUUAUGUUGUAUUUCACUGUCUUUCCCAGAUUCCCCAGAGGACAGCCUCCAUUGCCACAGCUCUCAACACCAACCUCUCGUCUGGCAUCAGGCUUCCAGUCAGAGCCAGGUAACUCAGGCGGACACAUUUUAGCUACUCUCAGUCUAAUCUCGGCAUCAAGAACGCAACAUUUCCCCCUACUUGAUUUAGGUUGUGGGGGAAAACGCUUUCCAAUCUGUCUCAAAGUCCACGCCUUCCUCUGCCAAAGCCCGUUCCCAGUCCCUCCCUCCUUCUCCAGAAAGUCCACCUGUGUUUAUUAUAAUUUUUUUGCUGCAUGCUGACAACAUGGAGGUAUCUGGCGACGUUUUCGAUGAAAAUAUUUCACAGGUAUGCAGUGUUUAUUAGAGACUUGUGGCUAAAAUCCCUGUCCCCACUCUAAGCAACACAUCUGCGAAAUUCUGAUUUGUCAAAAUAAUCAGCUGACGGUAUUCCAACGCACUGAACAGAAACUGUUUUACUCCCUGUCUCACCCAUGAGCUCGUUUGCCGACAGAUUUGCAUUUAAACGUGUGUCAAGAGAGAUUACUCUGAUUCCAAUCAUGACACAUGAAUGAUGGUAGAUCAUGACACAGUUAUGAUAUUCACUGCUGAGGCUGGAUAACUGAUCUGGUGUCUUCCUUAACAGCAACCCAGACCUCAGCCGCAACGACCGCUGGGAGAGAGGAGAUAGCGUGAACCUCGUGUCCAAUCUGCCCCAGACUGGCUCUCUGGAGAGGCACCGGAUACUCAGUGAGUAUAUCACACUUUCGCUGACUCUGCUUCUCUCGCCAUCUCUUGAUCCCUCGUAUGGAAUGAAAGCAUGCCCCAACAAUGAUGUUAGCAAUUCCAUGGUGAUAUUCAGUGUGUUGGUUUCAGGCUCCUCCAAAAUGGACUCCCCCAUACUAGGCCAUGACGGGCGCAUGAAGGGGCACAAGCCAGGGGAGUCUCGCACCUCGUCCCGCCCCAGUCGACCUGCUGUAAGUACCCCUCACCUGUAAAACACCCUCCCUCACUCUGAACACUGCAUGAAGGAAAUUCAGACACUUUACACACCCUUAUCUUUUCUCAGCUGUUCACACGCAUCUUCUUUUAAGCUUAUCACUUGUAGAAAUCUAUAUUUCUCUUUUCACUGACUAUUCUGCACUAUUGGAACAUCUACGCUCACUAAUCCCUACAACUGAUAUUGUUCUGGAUAUUGACACCUGCACUAACAGUUUCUCUUUCUUGGCCUAUUUUCUGUACCUGUUGCUCACACCCUUUCCUCUGCACUCUUUGUCAAAAAAAAUAUUAUAAUCCACCCUCUUUUUCUCUCUUCCUACUCCACUUACUUCCCUGUUUGUCCACUGCUUCUUCCAAUGCACAGAGUUACAAGAGAGCAAUAGGAGAGGUUAGUAUCUCUGUGUGCUGUGAUACAUAUGUUUUUGCUUCCACUAUGUCAGGCUGCUGUAUUAAGUUACACAAGCCUGUCAUAGUCCUGGUAUGCUGGAAACACCCAGCUCUAUGCUUCCCUAAUAUCUGUUGCUUGUCUGUGUUGUCUGCGUGUGUGUCUGUUUGUGUUCAGGACCAUGGGCUGUAUGCUAAGGAGCGCCCUGAGGAGCAGCCCAGACCUCCGGUGAAGGCCAACGACUACUCCUCAUCCUCCGAAGGCAGUGAGAGCAGUGAGGAGAGUGAGAGUGGAGAGGGGAAUGAAGAGGACAGCCCCACAGACCGGUCAGUACCAGGGUGGGAGACACACACACUGACAAACAGGAAAGAGAAAAAAGGAAUGGCUUUUUAGAGACAUAGCUACUUGUGAAUUAUGUUAUUGAAAGCCCAUUGUCCGCUUUUUACCGCCACCCUAACCUUUCCUUGUCUUUUUAUUUUCCUGUCCACUUCAUAUCCUCCACUGCACUCUGCUCUGUCAUCUUCCUCUGUUUCUUUCCCCUCUUCAUCUCCUGUCUUUCUUUAGUCCACGGGAUGCAGACUCUGACUCAGUCAACACCAUGGUGGUUCAUGAGGAGGAGGGGGAGGGAGGGGAGGAGGGUCAGGCAGGAGUCUACGGGGACCAGACCAUGCUGGUGCAGAGGGUGAGUCAUCUGUCUCUCAGGAAGUAGCCUACGGGGGGGGGUGUAUGGAUAUGUAUGGGUGGUCAGGUUACUCUUAUGUAGGGGUUGUGUGAUUGUGACUGGUUUGUCCCCGUUGCCUGGCAGACACCAGAGAAGCGGAGCCACAAUGGAUACACCAACCUGCCUGACGUGGUGCAGCCCUCCCACUCCCCCACUGACUCGGCCUCCCAUUCCUCCCCUGGGAAAGACUCUGUCUAUGAUGUGAGUCUCUCGGUCUGUGUCUCUCUGACUGUCUGUCUCUUUGCGUGUCUCUGACGGUCAGUCUGUCUCUGUCUCCCCGACUAAUCCGCCAAUAUGUCUGUCUCCAUGUACAAGUUUCUCUGCCAUAAACCCCAUUCCCAGUGGUAUUUCUCACUCCCUUCCUGUUUCCCCCAGUAUCAGUCCAGGGGUCUAGUCAAGGCGUCAAGUGGCAAGUCCUCCUUCACCACCUUUGUUGACCUGGGCAUGUACCAACCACCAGGCCCUGUGGAUGCCAUCUCUGUGGGCAGUAAGUACAUACUGUAG